GGAGUAUAAAUCAAGGUGUACUAUUUUUAGACCUAACCACAGAGGAGUAUAAAUAAAGGUUAACUAUUCUGAGACCCAAGCACAAGUAUUGUGAUCAUGAUGAAGCUGCUACUGCUUGUGGUUAUUUUCAUGCUGGUUGGUAGUAAUGAAGGAGAUACGAGGAUCAGACAGAAAAGGUCUGAUGACACAAGUACCACUGCACUGGAAAAUGUGGUACAGCAACAAGGAGCACUGAUUCAGCAGCUGGGCACACAGGUACAAACACUGUCAGCCAAACUGAUAGCCCUUGAAAAACGGCUGCCAUCUACUUUUACCCCAGUGGCUUUCACUGUGCAUUUUUCCCACGAUGAUGGAAAUAACGGAAUUGCACUGGGACCACAUCAAGUACUGAAAUUUGACAGUGUGGUGACCAACAUUGGAGCUGGUUACAGUGUGCAGACAGGUAUUUUCACUGCCCCAGUCUCUGGUGUCUACAGCUUCUUCCUGACCAUCAUGUCAACAAAUGCACACGGGAAUGUACAUGUAGCACUGGUCAGGGACGGGACUGCCUUAGAUGUAGUUUUUGCUGAAGGCCAGUCUGACGUAUAUGAUCAAGGUUCCACUCAAGUGACCACCCACCUACGGUCAGGUCAGCAGGUGUGGGCUAGACAAAACAAUGGUGAUGCUGUCAGAGGUGGCUGGUGGACAAUUUUUACUGGCUACAUGAUGCAAGCUGACGUGUGACCCAUUUAAGAGUAACUGUUUGAAUAAAGCAAAUGUUAGGGACAAAUAAAUAUAGCAAUUCACCCAGUUUAACAGAACACCCAAGUAGCGCAGAAGCAACUCUCAACUCAUGCAGCAUUCCUCACCAAGGAAAAGAAAGCAAAGUUUGUCCCCCAAAGAAGUUUUUUAUUAAAAAGAAAAAUAAAUUAGAAAAAAUUUCAUAGGCGGAUUGCAGGCAGCAAAAAAAAAAAAAAAAUGGAAGACCUAGAACAAGACAUAAAAUUUAAAGAAUUGUAAAAAAAAAAGGUUUACUUAAGGCACCAUUGGCGAAAAUCAUCUUUUUGCACACCCAGCAAUUUUCUAUCCAAAAGUCCACUAAAAAUGCCCAUAGUGAAAAGUCAGUAUAUAACAUCUCUGGAAUAAUUUGUAUAAGGGACUUUGUUCUGAAUAAACAGAUAUUUUUCUAAUGAAAAAAUGUC